UUCUUGGCGGGCUGUCUCGAUCACUUCCGGGUUCUUUCACGGAGGAUGAUGAAAAAUGGCAACUCACAUGUCGAGGUGUAGAACCUGGAGUCGUGUUCAAAGGUUUGGGAUUGCAGCCUACAGAAAGUACAGCAGUGGUGGUGGAUACCCAAAUAUAUCCCUUUCUUCACCUUUGCCUGGGAUCCCUAAACCUGUUUUCGCAUCUGUAGAUGGACAGGAAAAAUAUGAAACUAAGAUUACUACUUUAGAAAAUGGCCUUAAAGUGGCUUCCCAAAACAAGUUUGGUCAAUUUUGCACAGUUGGAAUUUUAGUAAACUCUGGAUCACGGCAUGAAGCAAAGUAUCCUAGUGGAAUUGCUCAUUUUUUAGAAAAACUAGCCUUUUCUUCUACAGCACAGUAUGGAAGCAAAGAUGAAAUUCUCCUCACACUUGAGAAACAUGGAGGAAUAUGUGAUUGCCAGACAUCAAGAGAUACCACUAUGUAUGCAGUGUCAGCUGAAGUGAAGGGUCUCGACACUGUGGUCAGUCUUCUGUCUGAUGCAGUUUUACAACCACGCCUUUUGGAUGAUGAGAUUGAAAUGACACGAAUGGCUGUACGCUUUGAGCUAGAAGAUCUCAAUAUGAGGCCAGAUCCUGAACCUUUACUUACUGAGAUGAUCCAUGCUGCAGCAUACCGAGGGAAUACAGUGGGAUUGCCACGAUUUUGUCCAGUUGAUAAUAUUGAAAAAAUUGACAAGAAGGUUCUUCAUAACUAUCUUCGUAAUUAUUAUGUUCCUGAGCGCAUGGUUCUUGCUGGAGUAGGCAUUGAGCAUGAGCAGCUUGUGGACUGUGCCAGAAAGUACCUGCUAAAUGUGAGACCAGCCUGGGGUGUCACUACACCAGCUAAUGUGGACAUGUCUGUGGCCCAGUACACUGGAGGAAUUGUUAAGAUGGAGAAGGACAUGUCAGAUGUAAGCCUGGGCCCAACCCCUAUUCCAGAGCUCACACACAUUAUGAUUGGCCUAGAGAGUUGCUCCUUCUUGGAGGAGGACUUCAUCCCAUUUGCUGUGCUCAACAUGAUGAUGGGCGGGGGUGGCUCAUUUUCAGCUGGAGGACCUGGAAAAGGAAUGUUUACUCGCCUUUAUCUAAAUGUACUUAACAGACAUCAUUGGAUGUACAAUGCUACAUCAUACCAUCAUAGUUAUGAGGACAGUGGAUUACUUUGUAUCCAUGCAAGUGCAGACCCAAGACAGGUAAGAGAAAUGGUGGAAAUCAUAACUAAGGAGUUCAUUCAAAUGACUGGCACUGCAGGAGAGAUGGAACUUGAGAGAGCUAAGACACAACUCAAGUCAAUGUUAAUGAUGAACCUUGAGUCUCGUCCAGUUAUUUUUGAAGAUGUUGGUCGACAAGUUUUGUCCACCGGAAAAAGGAAGUUGCCACAUGAACUUUGUGAAUUAAUAAGUAACGUAACUGCUAGUGAUAUUAAGAGAGUGACCACAAAGAUGCUGCGCAGUAAGCCUGCUGUAGCUGCUCUGGGGGACCUAACAGAGCUGCCAUCCUACGAACACAUCCAAACAGCUUUGUCCAGUAAAGACGGACGUCUGCCACGCAUGUAUCGUCUCUUCCGAUAGACCCCAGUGAGGUCAACAUCUUAUAAACUGGAUAAAGAGUUAAAGCUGAACUGGACUCAAAACACUUCAGGAGACGACCAUGUGCAAACCUGACUCAUGCAGGAGUGCCUGUUUUAAAAGUUACAUUUUACUCUUAAUAGUUUCUGUAAAAGCAGAAAUUCACAUUUAUUUAUUUGAACCUAGUCCUACUUCAUUUUAAACUUUUAGUUUUCUUUAAAGGGACAUUUUGAGUUGAUAAUAAGGGGAGAUAUUCUAUGCAGAAGAGCUGAUACAAUGAGUAACUUGUCAAAGCAAGCCAGUAAUACACAACAUUCUUAAGAUUUCAUAUCAUCCCAGUGAGCCAAUUUGUGGGUCUAUUUAAGCUAAAACAGGCUUUUACAAUAGGCAAGGAAGAUGGAAUUUAAUAUUUAAGGGGCACUUACUUGUCUUAAAUCACAUAAAAGAUUAAUCUGAAAAAAGAAAAAUAAAACAUUUAAGAACCCGU